AUGGAACAAAUAACCGACAAUCAUUCGCCUACGAUUUUCUACAGGUACAAGCCAUCAGCAGAUAAUUUUGACCCUGACGAAAGAGAUGGCGAAAUACAGUCCGUCAGGUCUGUACCUGAUGACAUUGAUUCCCUGGCAGAAUCUGUUCAAGAGAUGAGGGAUUAUCGACAGGCUGCCGUAAGUUACAUCGUCAAGACAUUCGUCGAUGACUCGGAGCUCUUGUCUCUAUAUCAGGAGGCAAUUCACUGCAUGGACGAAGCAAGAUUUGUGAAUAAUAAUCGACGCUUGCUGAAGAGAUUCUUUCUGGACCUACGCGAUGAGGGACGUGCUGCUUCUCAAGAGCUUGCGAUCCAAUUCUUGAGGUCACGAAGCACGAGAACCCAUAUCUCAUCGGAGAUUCACCGUCUCCUUAUGCCUUCAGGCCAAACUCUCGGUGAGAAAGUCAACCUCAUGCUAAAGCAAGAACAAGGGAAUAUCUCUAUGCUUGAACGUUUCAUGAACGAAAAGGACCUGGUGGCGCAGCAAGCACCACAGAUCGCUAGGGAAGAACUUAGUGAAAAAAGCGAAGACAGCGAAGAUGAUGAGGAUCUGAGCGGUGAUGAAUCUAACUUCAAAAUUGGGGAUGAUACCAUGCAACCGAGAUUGGCAGAUAAUGCUAGAUUCCUCAUCUCUGGGCGACCGUUUCGCCUAUAUAAACAGAAUGUGCGCACUUUCAUCCAACCUGUGCAUCCUACGGCCGACACACAGAAGAGUUCGCACGACAGUAUCCGCGCAAAUGGAACGAUGGGAAGUGACUUACCUGGCCUUGACUACGAUAUCGACUUUCCGAGGGGAUUCAGCGCUUCCGUCCAGGAUAUGUGCAAAAGAGGCGUUGAGCAUGUUGCCGGUUGCCGGUUGUCCUGGUGGCCUCUAACAGAACCAGAAGACACGUUAGAACCACAUCACAUUCGAGUAUACUCUAUGCCUUUCCGAGGUCGGCGUUUUUAUGACGAUGUUCCAAUAUAUCUUGCGGAGUCACUGUUUCCUAAACUUUCUAAUGAACUCGUCUCUAGGCCAGAAUACAAGGGGAGAUUCCUACGUCGCAAAGCCGUUCUUCUCCAUAAUACAACUCUGAUGCGCCUUCUCCUCAGUCACUACGCGUCAAAGCCCAACACGGACCCCGCUAAUCAAAAUAUGUUUGGAACACGGAGGCACACCCACUCGGUUACUGAACCGUCAUAUAGCGGCAGCAUCAGCUCACAAGUCGAGGUCUCUCAAACGACAGGAGGGAAGAGUGCUACAAGCCAGUCUAGUAUGCAUACCGGCCGCUCGAACAAGAAGCCGAGGAAGAGAAAGCUACGCAAAGCAGCCAUUGAUAGCGGUAUGACUGAUACUCCUCGCGAUGAUGUCGGUCAAGAAAGCCCUGUUCUAUUCCUCAUUCUUUAUACUGGGUUGAAUGAGUCAAUCGCACAGACAGUCGUACCAGGCACAACUGAUCAGACGACUUUCGAAUGCCUUUUUGAGACUUAUCGAAGCAUUUCUUCGGGUUGGUUCAAAUGGAAGCGUGUGACCGGAAUCAAAUUUUUCCGCUUCCACAGUUUUCUAUUCAAAGAGGCGCUGAACGUCUAUUACGUCGACAUACACCAGGACAAGGAGCGAUAUCCCGAAGCAAGCGACCCUGAAUUUGAAGAAUAUCGCUAUAAUCCUCGACCAUGGCCAUCAGGGACCCCAUAUCCCAGCCACGAGGUCUGGCACUAUUUUAUGCACCCAGAAGAUUGCGGGACCUCUACAGAACUAAAAGACAUGCUCCCCACACGAUCCAAGGGUCCCAUCAAAGCUCGUAGCAGAGCUUUUGGGUUGCAUAUUGAGGAGCGAUACUCUGCCCUAGCCAUUCUUAUCCCAUCGUCUAUCAUGUUCUUGAUUACUCUCAGUGCUACACUCUGGUUCAUACCAUCAUGGUUAAAGGAGCAUCCUGAAGAUCUACAGAAUGCAACAAUUCCAUUAAUGGUUGCCUUUACAGUCGUGGGGGUUUUCGUUCAAUUAGCGGAGAAAGUGUUGCAGCUGCCUAACUGCAUCCUGACAUCCCUUGCACCACGUCGCGAUGCCGUGCGACACACUGUUAUGGCUCCGUCGCGAAACCUCGAGGAAACAAACGAAAAGAUCACUCCGCCCUCGAGUUUCAUACGCUCACCAUUGACGCCGCCAUCGACGGAUGAGAAACCGUUCGCGCAAGCCCCUCGAGUUAUCGCCCUCUUCCACGAGAUCCGAGCUGGAAAGCAUAGCGAUCGACGCCCGUGGACAGAAUUCUUGCUUGUACCAGGGGAGUUUGGCAGGGUGCAGUGUCUGCUCGACAGAGACGAGGAGCUGCGGGGGUUUGUGAAAGACAAGAUACGAUAUGAUUACGACGCCGAAAACUACCUGCUUUUCGUUCGCAUGCCUACAGCUGUACACGAACUGUUCAUUGCUCGCGUCGAGGACGCCAUACUAAGCCAGCUGAAAUCGAUCCGGGAGAGAUCUGACGGUACAGCGACGUUCGCGCAGAAAGUGAACCCUGCUCGAUCUACGGAAAUACGUUUUCCGGCCGAAAGCAACCCGUCCGACAGAAGAUCGAAGCACGAGCCAGACACGUCCUUCUGGCAUGACGAUGCGCAAUACCCUGGGGUUGUCAUAGAGGUGGCAUACUCACAGAAGAGGGAACGGUUGGCCCGGCUAGCUGAAGUCUAUCUCUUGGACUCGGACGCUAAUGUACAGGCUAUCGUUGGGCUAGAUAUUGAAUACGGCAAGAAAGGGUCACACAAGGCUACAUUAACAGUGUGGCGAACGCGAGAGCGCGAUACUUCUACAGGAAAGGAGCUAUAUGUAGAGAAAGAGGUCAAAGAUGAAGUGUUUCGUGACGAUGUAGGCAACGCCACUGACUACCCAGGCUUGCAGCUCCGCCUUCGCGAGUUCGCGUACGAAGAGCUGCUUUGCCAAUUUCUCGAUGCAGCAGAGCGCAAGGAACAGCAGUCUGGAUCACUGGGCAAGCAUAUCAUCUCUCCCAGCAUUAAGAAAAGGAAACGAUCAAAAACACCUCCAGAGGAAAUCGGCUUGGGAGAUGAAGCGCAAUAUAUCCAGCAAGAAAGGAAAGUGGCAAAGCGCUCGGAAGACGACGACUGCGAUUAUGAGGAUCAAUGA